GUUGUAGUUCGCCCCUCUGGACUCCGUUUCCCGUCGUGCCCCGGUCGACCAGCUUCCGGUGCAGCUACGGGUCGGCGCGCGCGGCCUCGGCCCUGUUGACUUUGCGGAGCCAUGGAGGGCGGCUUCGGCUCGGAUUUCGGGGGCUCGGGCAGCGGGAAGCUGGACCCAGGGCUCAUCAUGGAGCAGGUGAAGGUGCAGAUCGCCGUGGCCAACGCCCAGGAGCUGCUGCAGAGGAUGACGGACAAAUGUUUCCGGAAGUGCAUCGGGAAGCCGGGGGGUUCCCUGGACAACUCGGAGCAGAAAUGCAUUGCCAUGUGCAUGGACCGCUACAUGGACGCCUGGAACACCGUGUCCCGCGCCUACAACUCGCGGCUGCAGCGGGAGCGGGCCAACAUGUGAGCGGGAUGCCCCCACCCCGACUGCGUCUCCACGGACGUGCUUGGCGCGGCGGGGCCCACACCGCACGUGGGUCCUGCCUGCCCUGGUUUAAGGAGGUUGUACCGCUGCUGGGACAGAUGGGACUGUGUUCCCCCAGCCCCUCCCGGCCCCUGCCGGUGAGUGCAGCCUGGGUCUGGGGGCGCCGAGCCUUCCCUAAGCGGCACCUCCUUCAGGCCUGGGAGUUGCCGGUGUGCCCAGGUCAGCCUCACGCCCUGGGCAGGGAACCCUUGUUUGGACCUUGGAGUUGGGGGUGAUCAGACCCCACCUGAGCUGUGACCUCCUGAGAACUGACUAAUAAAUUUCUAGGGCGAAG